ACCAAACGCUCGCUUCAUUUGAAUAUUAAAGUACACAAGAUAAGGGAACCUUGCUCCACCCGAUCGGUCUAUUCAUGCGGUGAUCGGGCGGCUACUUUUAUGUAUAGCUAUUGGCUAUAUUAAACAUGAGCGAUCUUCAGAAGGCUUGGGCGAAGAAUCGUCUAAGCGCCUUACCUGCUGGGAGCUUCGAUGAGAUGGAAGAAGAUGAGGCCGACCGCGUUCCCGAAUUACCAGAGCAUCCCGAUGACGAUUCAUCUUCGGCUUCGUCUGCUUCUUCCACGGGAACUGUCAUCCCGUCUCCUAGCCAAAACCUAUUUGCCAGACCACUGGGCGCGCCGAGAGGGCGAACCCUCCAGCAGAUCCCCUGGACUGCCUAUUUCGAGAGAGAAUUGUUUCUCUGCGAUCGUUUUAACCCAAAAACAAGCCCGACCAUUCAUGCAUACCUAACUUCCCCCGUCGGGAAGGGUCCGUUGUUUGUUAUGCAUCAUGGUGGUGGUUCAUCGGGCUUAUCAUUCGCUGUGGUCGCAGACGAAAUUCGGAAACGCCUUCCAACCGCUGGUAUCUUAUCGUUGGAUGCGCGAGGCCAUGGCUCAACAACUUGCCCAGAAGGCCAGCCUAUCGACCUCAGUCUUAAAACCCUUGCUCAUGAUGUAUUCACUACAAUCUUAGAGACAGAGAUGCAAAUGAAAUGGGAAGACUUACCAUCUCUUAUUCUAGUUGGGCACUCGCUUGGAGGUGCGGUCGUCACUGAGCUCGCUAAGUCCGGGCAACUUGGCAAAAAACUCCUUGGGAUUACUGUUCUGGAUGUGGUCGAAGGCUCAGCUAUCGAUGCACUACAGAGCAUGCAUACUUAUCUCUCGACUCGACCAGCCGGGUUUGCUACUGUGGAGUCAGGAAUUGAUUGGCAUAUCAGAACGAGGACUAUCCGCAAUUCGAUAUCUGCGCGAACUAGCGUUCCGGCUUUACUCACACACAGUGACGUCGCAGGUGACCCGAGACCUUGGAAGUGGAGGACUGACCUUGGUGCAACACAACCAUUUUGGGAGAAUUGGUUCGUGGGCCUAAGCAAGAAAUUCUUAGGCGCAAGAGGAGGAAAACUGCUACUCCUCGCGGGAACGGAUAGGUUAGACACCGAGUUAACAAUUGGGCAGAUGCAAGGGAAAUAUGCCCUACAGGUAUUCCCGGAAGCGGGACAUUUCAUACACGAAGAUUUACCCGAGAAGACAGCGAUAUCCCUUGUUGAUUUCUACAAGCGCAAUGAUAGAAGUGCCUUGGUACUACCUCCUAAGGUAUCCGACCUCAUUAAGCAGGGAAAGAAGGUCUAGAAAGCAUUGAAGCGCAGGUCGCAAACAGCAAGAAUAUGAUCUGCUAAAGAUGAAUUGGCUGGGGAAUUUAUUCAUAGGCAGGCAUCAUUGCGAUAAUUAUUUACCUCGAGUAUAGCUCCUGACCGUUUUCAAUGCUACCAAAUCCAUUU